AUGCUCCCAGGUAAUCAUGGAGCAUAUACGGUGGGCAAAUCACUUCGGCGUCCCAUUAUGAAGAAUAUAACUUCCUUUAUUGGGAAAUCGAAUUUGGCCUCUGUAGAAGCAAUGGGUUCAGCAAUUGCAGGCAUGAGUGGAAAGAGGGCAAGUCCUGUGGUGACUCGAUCGAUCUCAUCCAAUUCCCCAAAGACAUGGCAGCCAAGUCAUGGUAUCGUCUUCAAAGAUGUUUCUGCGCCAGGGUCACCGAGACAUUUGAGUACGGCUUCUGUGACAGAGAAUGAGCAGAAUUUAGAGUAUCAUUCAUACGCCGAAGAUAGUUAUGUUCUGGCAAACGCGCACGUUGAAAGCUCGAAAACUCAGAAGGUGGCGACAGUGGUUCAGGAAGAGAGUUUGGAGACUGGAACAGGAGUAAAUGUUCAAGAGGUAGCAGAGGGACAAGAGAUAGCAGAUGAGAUCCUGGAAGAUCCUACUAAGAAGAAACUUCCGAUUUCCGAAUCCACAUACCAAAUGACGGAGGAAUUGUUUAAAAAGGCGAAAAAUGCCGAGCCAGAGACACCAGAAUCCUACUGGUCACACACUCUAUAUCGUGGGCCAGAGGAGAAUGGUAUUCCGAAGAAAGUCAAAGUACAUUAUUGCCGGAGUCUGCAAACCACAGAACAGACCUUGAAACAACACUUCUUGGGUAAAAAGGUUCUAGGAUUUGAUAUAGAAUGGAAGGCAGAGGCACGCGCGUAUCAUGGACCAAAGAAGAAUGUUUCUUUGAUUCAACUCGCAACUGAAGAACGAAUUGGUCUCUUUCACAUUGCAUUGUUUCCACAAACCAAUGCCUCGGAACUCGUGGCUCCAACUUUGAAGAAGAUCAUGGAGGAUCCAGAAGUCACCAAAGUAGGCGUGGCAAUCAGCGCAGAUUGUACACGUCUCAGAACACAUCUUAAUAUUGAUUCAGUCUCUAUAUUUGAGCUUAGCCAUCUUCACCGACUGGUCAAAUAUACCCUUUCCCAGGAAUACGAUCUGAUCAACAAGAGACUAGUUUCGCUAGCAAAGCAAGUUGAAGAGCAUCUACACCUACCAUUGUUCAAGGGCGGGGAUGUUAGAGCUAGUGAUUGGAGUCGAGGACUAUCAAUCCAGCAAAUCUCAUAUGCAGCAUCAGAUUCAUAUGCUGGUUUUCAUCUAUACGAUAUACUUGAGACCAAGCGCCAGGCUCUAGACCCAACGCCUCCACGUCCAUCUCACGCCGACCAAAACGCGCCUAUCCCCCUAUCACACCUUCCCACACAAACUCCAAUAAAACGAAAAUAUACUCGACGCCAGGUCAUGCAAGAUCCCCUACCACUUGACCCUGAUUUUUUGCUCGAAGAUCCCAAAGCUACCAUUGAAGCUUCGAUUGAAACUGGAACCGAAGCAGGAAGUGAAAUAGAGAUCAACGAUCUCGUGAGAAAAGUCAUCGGUUCCGAGCCACCAGUAAACAUACGAAGAAUACACCCCGCAUCCAACCCUAAUGAUCUUGUGAGGAAAAUCACCACUUCCGAACAAUCAAUAAAAAUUCGAAGGAUUGAACCCGCAUCCGACUCUCACGAUGGCGAAGAAUCUCCCGUUCUCCUAGCAGCCGACGUACUCACAACCUUUUAUCUAGAAGCCAAUCCAGAAUCUAAAGUCUCACGAUUGCAACUCGUGCCUUACUUUAUUUGGUACCAUAAUGUCCAUCUUUCCAUUCCACAGAUUGCAAGCAUAUGCAGCAACCGGGAUAAUAAGACUAUAAUAAAGCGGAUACUGACAGUGAUCUCGGGAGAUAAACUACCUUAUGAAAAGCACAGAUUGAGGAAUCUUUUAGAAGGGUUGUCCAAAAACGUGGCCUGGGAAAAUUUUCGAGGAUUGGUAGAGGCGGUUGAUACACCGGAUGUUUGUGAAGAUUAG